AUGCUGUCGUCCCUUAAGACACUUCUGCUGCUGUCGGUCCUGUGCACGCCGUCGUCCAGCCUAUGCCUCCGCCUGGUCCACGGCCGCGCCGACGUCCUGUGCGAGCGGCAGAUGGCCGGCGGCUUCUCCCCGGAGGACGGCUGGAGCUCCCUGCUGCGCUCCUCAGCAGAGUUCCUGGCCGCCUCCGGGUCCGAGGAGUCGGCGAGCCGAGAGAAAAGGACUUUUAACCCGGCGCGCUCGCGCUUCCAGAGUCCGGCCAAACUAAGGAACGUCGGCAAGAAGGAGCAUCGGAGCUGGCGCUACCUGUCGCUGGAUGUGCCCACCUAUAUCAUGAACGUGCGCCUCACGAAGGCCAAAGAACAGCAACUGCGCAAACAGUUGGACGCGAACGCGCUGCUGCUUGCUAGUAUUGGACGGAGAAAAUGA